GGGGAUUUUGCACAUCGCGAUACAACGAUAAAGGAAGGGUACUUUAACUGGCCCAUAGAGGAUGCGUAGGUUUGGUCUUUACGAUUUACCAACCCCCUUCGAAAUCGCCUCAAGCAAACAGGGAUAGGUCAAGAUAUCAACGGCUUAAGAGAGUUACCCAUGAAGUUUGAGUACCAAUCUUGUUAUGGUGCGCCGUACAGCUCCUGCCCGCUCGAACAGGGUCGCAGCAACUCGUGGCCGUCAAUCCAGACGCCAGGAACGAGACGAUAAGGUCCCAGAGGUGUACCGGGAGAUGCUGGCUGAAGCUGAAGCCCGGGAAUCCCAAGAAGCUGAAGCGGGCAGAUCUAGUAAGAGGCGGAAAGUUGGGGAAAGGACAAGUAAUUCUUCCCACCACGAGUCCACCGGUCAAGAAGCGAACCUGCCGGAAACAAAUGAGGAUGUAGGCAGGCAAACACAGACUGCAUAUGACUCCACUGCUUCGGAAGAGUCAGACAUGGAGUGGGAAGAAAUCGAUAUUCAACAGACUCCGUUAAACUCAAUCCAGACAGCUCCCUAUUCCGCAGAUGAACCACUUCAGAUCACUUUAGGCCAGCAUAAGGAUACUGGGGAAAGGAUUGUCUCGCGGCGUAAGCCAGUCACUGGAGCUGAGAAAAAGCUACGGUUAGAUAUCCACAAGGCUCACCUUCUUUGCCUUCUUGGCCAUGUGCAUAACCGAAAUCUCUGGUGCAACGACGAGCUGGUGCAGGAUUUUCUUAAGCAGAUGCUACACAGGAAAGUCAGGGAAUUGUUGAAUCCGGCAGAAGACAAACCGCAGUAUACUAGAUCUAUCACUUUCGUUGACGGGCUAAACCAGGCUAGCGAGGCGUUUACAAGAAGAUUCAAAAUUACUAAACCCGGCUUGCAGCGUGCUCAUUGGGUUGAUGAUUCGACCUCCUUGAAACAGAGAGUGGAGGCAAUACUGUCCAACGCGGAGGUAAUGCUAUCGCGAGACGACUUCAGGAAGCAAGCUGAGACACUGCAAGGAUCUCGUGAUUUUGGCGCACAGCUUUUCUGCGCUUUGCUGCGAUCAGUAGCUGUGGAAGCUCGGUUGGUUUGCUCUUUGCAGCCGCUGCCAUUUUCUGGUGCAACGACAAGUGGACCGAAGAGGCCAGAGUCGCAAUCUAUUAUUAUUUCAGCCGAUGAAAAUGAAGUUGAUGAACAAUCACAACCCGAUGCUACUCCAAAUCCAGCUCCACGAAAAAGAAGGCUUGGGCAGCCACAGUUUGCAUCGUCAUCAUCAUCAUCAUCAUCAUUUAAUGCCCCAAAGGCACCUGUGCGCACAGGACCACGCCCAAGCCUCAAAGAAUCGUCCUAUCCCGUAUUCUGGGUCGAAGCCUACAACGAAGCGGUCCACAAAUGGAUCCCUGUUGACCCCUUGGUGACCAAGUCACUUGCGAAAUCUUCCAAGUUUGAACCUCCCGCUAGUGAUCAGUAUAAUAUCAUGAGUUACGUUGUUGCGUUUGAAGAGGAUGCCUCGGCAAGAGAUGUGACUCGGCGCUACGCAAAGGCCUUCAAUGCAAAAACCCGCAAAUUACGAGUCGAGAAUACUCGGAAUGGGGAGCAAUGGUGGGGAAGAGCGCUAAGAUACUACGAGAAGCCAUUCCCGGAGGAGCGUGACGAGGCCGAAGUGAGCGAGUUGACCGCCAAGGUGGCUGCUGAGCCCAUGCCACGAAAUGUGCAAGACUUCAAGAAUCACCCAAUUUAUGCACUCGAGCGGCAUCUUCGUCGAAAUGAGGUCGUUUACCCGAAACGAGUGAUCGGACAAGUCAGUCUAGGUAAAUCUAGCUCGAAAAGCCAGAAGCUGGAGCCAGUUUAUCGUCGCACUGAUAUUCACGCGUGUCGAAGUGCGGAUGGAUGGUACCGUCUGGGACGAGACAUCAUAAUCGGCGAGCAACCUCUUAAACGUGUUCGGGCAAAUCGAAACAAAUUCAGCAUCAAUGACGAUGAUGAAAAUGGCAUCAUCGAGGUCCCUGUAUAUGCUUACUUCCAGACGAACAUAUACAUACCUCCACCCGUCAUUCAGGGUAAAGUACCCAAGAACGUCUACGGAAAUCUAGAUAUUUACACGUCAACUAUGGUUCCGCCAGGUGGUGUUCACAUAAACCACCCUGCCGCAUCACAGGCUGCAAAAAUACUCGGCAUUGACUAUGCCGAUGCUGUAACAGGCUUUGACUUCAAAGGGCGCCAUGGAACAGCGGUUAUUCGGGGUGUUAUCGUGGCAAGUGAAUAUUGCGAAGCUCUUGAAGAAGUCUUGAAUAAUCUUGAACAUGAACGGUUGCAGGCUGAGCAAGGAGUGAAAUCCGCAGAAGUAUUAGGAAUGUGGAAGCACUUCCUGCUCAAGCUUCGUAUUGCUGAAAGAGUUAAAGGCUAUGCUGUCGAAGGUGAAGAAGGCAAAGAUGAAACUGGCAUUGACACAGAUGAUGCCAGCUACGGAGGGUCUGAAAAAGGCGGCGGUGGCUUCUUUCCCGAGCCAGAUCAAACUUUCAGCAGCCCCCGUCCGGUAUCAACUUUCAGAGAUGGUACAGAGCCGGACUCGCCUAUGCAUGGAGGCGGAGGCUUCGAACCAGAACCCGGGUUUGAAGACCACGAAGCUCUUGGUGGGGGAUCUACACCUAAAGAAAUUCCUCAAGGUAUAGCUGAAUUACAGCCUUCAUUGCCGUUGAACACUGUCUGUAAUACAGAAUUUACGCAUCUUGCACAUAGGAAGGAGCUUUCCCACUUUAACCUCGUUGUUGUCCCACACAACAAGCCAAACUCUACUGGCAGCAUGAACCCUGGUGGCAGUAUCCACAAUACUGCUGGAACCGCAUCAUCCAUGCCGGAAGUUGGAGAGGAAACUCAUGAACAGGAUGUAUUUAAGGACAACGACAAUCCACCCGGUACAGUUCCAACAGACCCAACAGCAACAGAGGAUUCAAAAGCUAUCAGCGAGGAUACAGCCCCAAGGGAUAUAUCUCCAGCACGAUCAAGAGCAUCCCAGGAAGACAAUUCAAGCGAGCACAACGAUAAUGAAGAAGGUUCACUGUUGUCAGAGGAUCCUGAAGACAAGGACGCAAUUCCAGAGUGGCUGAUGUAGGCUCUUCAAUCAGUUCCGUGUACUUUACUCGCAUAUAUGUUGAAUACUAC